UGUUUUUUUCUGGCGCCGGAAGUGUGUAGGAGUCGCUUGCAUUUGGCGUUUCCUUGAAAAAGAGAAUGAAGGAAAAACAACUGUAGCCAAAGAGCAGUCUGCGACAAACACGAAGCAGCUGCACUGCGGCGACGGGAGGACCUGAACAUGAAUGCUUGGAAGAGGUAAUCAACCUGCAUUGCAUUUAAUCUAGUUCCGCUACCCAAGAAACGGUUUCCCCUCCCGAUCUCUGCCUCCCUGCCCGCCAUGGAGACCUGGAAACCGAACCCCCGGGCCAAGCCUUUCAUUCCCCGACAGCAGCGCAGCCUCUACCUCACCUGGAAAUACAAGCUCACCAACCAGAGAGCUGUUCGCAGAUUCUGCCAGACAGGCGCGGUGCUGUUCUUGCUGGCGAUGUAUGUAUUGCUUCUCUGUGUGCCCUUCCUUGCCCCUCAGACAGGCGCGGUGCUGUUCUUGCUGGUGAUGUAUGUAUUGCUUCUCUGUGUGCCCUUCCUUGCCCCUCAGACAGGCGCGGUGCUGUUCUUGCUGGCGAUGUAUGUAUUGCUUCUCUGUGUGCCCUUCCUUGCCCCUCAGACAGGCGCGGUGCUGUUCUUGCUGGCGAUGUAUGUAUUGCUUCUCUGUGUGCCCUUCCUUGCCCCUCAGACAGGCGCGGUGCUGUUCUUGCUGGUGACGGUGAUUGUGAACAUUAAGCUCAUUCUGGAUACGCGGAGAGCAGCGAUCGAGGAGGAGGCGGCUCAGGAGUACGAUGAGGCUCUGCCCAACAUGGAGACCCCUCGGAGACCACAGAGUGGGAGGAAGGUCCUGGAUAUCGAGGUCUAUUCCAGCCGCUCCAAGGUCUACGUGGCUGUGGACGGCACCACCGUUCUGGAGGAUGAGAUGCGAGAACAAGGAAGAGGGAUCCAUGUCAUCGUGCUCAACCAGGCGACCGGUCACGUGAUGGCGAAGCGUGUUUUUGAUACCUACUCGCCCCAUGAAGAUGAAGCGAUGGUCCUCUUUUUGAACAUGGUGACGCGUGGGAGGGUCCUGAUCUUCACUAUCAAGGAUGAGGGCUCCUUCCAUCUGAAAGAAGCAGCAAAGACCCUGCUGAAGGGGCUGGGCAGUCAGGUGUCCCUGUCGCUGAGCUGGAGAGACAUGUGGACCCUGGUGGUGAAGAAAGGAGGUCAAGUGUAUGGGGAGAAACACUCAAAGUCUCCAGCGCUGUCCACAUGGGGUGACCCAGUGUUGCUGAAGACAGAGGUGCAGUUAACAGCAUCUGAAGAUGCCGAGUGUCUCUGGUCCGAUACAGAGAUGAAUCGACGCAGGAAGAUUUUCUGCAGUAAGGUGGAGGGUUAUGGCAGUAUCUGCAGCUGCAAGGACCCCGCCCCCAUCGAAUUCAACCCAGACCCACUAGCAGAAAAUAACGUGUAUGAUGUUCCUGUGGCUGUUAUUGCUGGAAACAGACCCAACUACCUGUACAGAAUGCUGCGGUCCUUGCUGUCUGCCCAGGGAGUGAAUCCCCACAUGAUCACUGUAUUUAUAGAUGGAUACUAUGAGGAGCCUAUGGAUGUUGUGGAGCUCUUUGGUCUGAAGGGGGUUCAGCACACUCCAAUCAGCAUUAAAAAUGCCAGGGUGUCCCAGCACUACAAGGCCAGCCUGACUGCCACUUUCAACUUGCAUCCGGAUGCGCAGUUUGCAAUCGUCUUGGAGGAGGACCUGGAUAUCUCUGUUGACUUUUUUAGUUUUCUGAGUCAGACAGUUCAUUUGCUUGAAGAAGAUGAGAGCCUGUACUGUAUUUCAGCCUGGAAUGAUCAGGGCUAUGAGCACACCGCAGAGGACCCGGCCCUCCUAUACCGUGUGGAGAGCAUGCCUGGGCUGGGCUGGGUCCUAAAGAAGAGCCUUUACAAGGAUGAGCUGGAGCCCAAAUGGCCAACGCCAGAAAAGCUGUGGGACUGGGAUAUGUGGAUGCGAAUGCCUGAGCAGAGAAAGGACCGGGAGUGCAUCAUUCCUGAUGUGUCCAGAUCUUACCACUUCGGCAUUAUUGGUCUGAACAUGAACGGAUACUUCCAUGAAGUGUAUUUUAAGAAGCAUAAGUUGAACACAGUUCCUAAUGUUCAGUUCAAGAAGGUUGAUGGUUUGAAAAAGGAUGCCUAUGAGACAGAAAUUCAGAGGCUGCUAGGUGAAGCGGAGUUGCUGGAUCACAGUAAGAACCCGUGUGAGGACUCCUUCAUUCCAGACACGGAGGGCAAAACCUACAUCAUGUAUAUUAAAAUGGAACAAGAGGCUGACAGCACUACUUGGACUGAGCUGGCCAAGUGCCUCCAUGUCUGGGAUCUAGAUGUCCGAGGGAACCACAAAGGGCUGUGGCGUCUCUUCAGGAAGAAAAACCACAUUCUCGUUGUUGGAUCUCCUGUGUCUCCCUACUCAAUAAAGAAACCCGCACAGGUGACCCCAAUUCACUUGGAGCCCCCUCCGAAGGAGGAAGGAGCAGCUCCUGAACAGACGUGAUCUCCAGGUGUGACAUGACAGCCGCUGUGCAGCCACGACAACCAGUAACCCAGCCUGGCAACCAGCGCAGAGUCCGCUCAGAGCACGGGGCAAAAGGGAAUGAAAACCGUAUCGAUGGACUGCAACCUUUUUUAUUUAUUUACAUUUUAGAUGUCAGUCGAUACAAACAUUUUACAACAAGGGGUUUUCUUAAAACUUUUUAUUUCUUAAUGGCUGAUGUGUUUUUGUUGUUGUUGUUGUUGUUGUUGUUAAAAGUAUAUACUGGCGUACGUCUCCCUGUGGAAUCAAAGGAUAACUAGAAGGCUUAAAAGCAUAUAACAGAACUCAAUUUUCUGGUGGCCCUUUCUGGAGAGAUGGAUCCAUUGGUAUUCCAGUAUCUUAACCAUGGCAGAUGUGAAUUCUACUGCUCCUUAACUUUAUUAAUCCGGCUCGUGUAUUUCACCCAGGAGUGGUUUAUUGACCAAUUAACGUUACAGCAUAUACUAAAUAAAUGCAGGGAAAUGAGGUCUGCGAGCACGCACAUGUAUACAUUCAAGGGAGCCUGGGCACUGUUAAGCCAUGCAAAUAGAAGCCAUUGUGGGGCUGUUAUUUAAAGCUUCACUCUAGACUGUUCGCUCUGUAUUGUUCAGUGUGCUUCAGUUAGGGGUGGGGGUGCGCAGAAACCCCUACUCCACUUGGCUUUUCUACAUUGCUUUUCUGAAGUGUUCGACAGCAGUGUUAAUGUGUUGAUUUCAAAACUAGAAAAGCGCUCCUUCUUUCAAGACUUCAGUGGCGUACCAAUCUGUGCCAGUUAACCUGCACACUGAGUGUUUUAAAAGCCUCUUGGAAGAAUAUUGAAGAGCGCUGACAUUUGCACUGCCUGACUGGCAUACUGAGGGCAUAAACUCCCAAUGAAAAGUGUGUUUACGGCCUUGGCAUGACUGGUAGAGGCAUGAAUGAAAAUCCGCUACUGAUCUGACACCUAGCAGACUCUCCUCCAGGUGAUGUGCUGUCGUAUUUGAGUCGCAUUAGUUGUUCUGCAAUGGUGUGUUUUAUUUUUUUAAUUAUUUUUUUAAAUAUAAACCCAGACUAGCUCAUUAGCUACAGAAUAUUGUUUUCGUUUAGUUUUGUUGUAUAUAAACUGUAGGUUAUUUAACUCAACUGCCACCCUGUCACCUAUGAGGGACAGUUUCAGUGUGGCUUUAUUAACUUCAUAAAGGAGCAAAGCACAGGAUCAGUGAUAAACAGCCUGAAUUGCCUGGUUUUAUGAUCUGAUGUGUGUAAUAUAUAUUGUAAAUUUGAUUUUUUUUUUUUUUUUUUCUUAAUAACUUGUAUUCAUGGCACAUCAUUUAAUUUUGUGGAAAUUGUUUCUUUUUUGUUAAUGUUAAAGUUUUGGUAGUAGCUUGAAUCCAGUAGUUUUAUGUUUUACAUUAUUGCCUCAAACUAAUCAUGGUCCACUGCAUUUCAUAUUAACUGUUCAAUUUAUUUAUCCAGAAGUAUUUCCUGUUACUUUUUCUACUGUGAAGAAGACAAUUUAACUGUUGGAUAUUGAUGCAUUCAAUGGAGAAGGAAAUAAGAUUUCUAAGGACUUUUUGGCAUCAGAAACAUUGUGCAUAAAUAUAAUUUUCACAUCAAACCUAAAGCUUACAAAGAAACAAGCUUCAGUAGUAAUAGCUUGCUUUUCAUAAGUACAUCUUGUAUAUAGUCUCUUAAUCUGGGUUAUUUAGAUGGAUGGGUAGUAUAUUCUCAUACCCAAAGUAAACUGUAUCUGAGGGUGAAAUAUAUUGGGGAGUGUCUGCGCAUGUUUUCGUUGCAUGUUUUCGUUGUUCAAGUACAGGACUGUCACCUACCAUUUUGCCUGUGCUUUCUGUUUCCAUCACUGCAGUCUCAGAGCCAUUUGCAAUUGUACAGUUUUUAUAUGAAUUACUGUUGUCUACUGCAUCGAGUCAGCUUUUGUCGUCAUAAAUAAAAGUUGUUUUUUGUUUUUUUU